UUAUUUUUGAAGCUUCUAAUUAAUUUUUUUAGAAUCAACUGUACGAAAGCGGAUGAAAUAAAUAACAAAAUCAACUCAUUCAUGAUGGAGAGCCAACCACUCUUUAUCACAAAUCCAACAAACUUUCAAUUUUUAUCUGUUUGUCACUACAUUAAUAUUUUCGGUAUUUACUUCUAUAAUAACGAUUUGAUAAAACUUGACGAAAGAUAUCAAUCUGUACCGGUGCUAAAUACUCUCUUUGAUUAUCUAAGCAAAUCGAAAAAUGAAACCGAAGCUAAAUACAAACUUCUGAAGAAAGUUUUGAAAGGAAGUGAUCUUUACGGCGGUAGAGAAAAUGAAACACUUGAAAUCAAAUACGUAAACGAAACAUUUCAGUACAUCAUCAGCAUGGCUCUGUUUUCUCACUAUGGAAAUAUUAAUGGAUAUUUGGCCAAAAUUAUUAACAGGGCAGACAGUGUAAAUUAUUCGGCAUUCAAAGAAAUGGUUCUACGACAUCUUUCUGAAAGUUACAUCACCAAGGAAUACUGUGCGUCAGGAAAUUACAGUUCCAAACUUUCUCCACUGGCAAUUCAAAAAAUCUACCAGGACCACAUUUUGCCAAUUUUUCCCCAACCAGAAGAGGACAUGAGUAUAAUCAAUGUUAAUUAUAUUUACGCAAUGGUGGGUUUAAAAAUGUUUAGGUCAAUGUCGAACAAGGUAAAUAAUCUUACAUUUAACGAAUAUACUCUCAUCUCUCGCGAGCUUGAUAUGCAAGAAUUCAAUGAAACAUCUUUUCAAGUAGUAUUAGAAUUGUUCUCAGUUCCAGCUUUAUUUUUUUACGCAUUUAAUUAUAAAAAUGAAUUUCGAAAAUAUGAAAAUAAUUCUCUAAACGAUAGAUUUUGGAUCAAAGCUUAUGAAAAAUUGUUUCAAUCCAUUAAUUCCUCUAUGAUUGAACUUGUAGAUGAAAUUAUUGAGAGCAGUUUAGUUUUCAAAUUUGAUAAACAACUCGAGAAAAUUGAAACUCGUACUCAACUUGCCACGAGAUUGCUUAAAGUUUUUUGUAGAUAUGACAAGUUAUCAGACGUCUCUUCAUCUAAAGUAUCUAUGUAUAAAUCCUUAUAUCUUUGGGUGGUAAGAAUUUUUCUUCCAAGGCGUUGCCAUAGGGCUCUUCCCGAUUUAGAGGCAGAGUAUAACGAACAAUUUACAGAAAUUAAAAAGACGUACAAUGAAAUUAUGAAACAGUCAAUUGAAGAAAUUUUAGUGCAAAGUAAUUUCACUGAAAAAAUGAAUACAGAUACUGCGGUUGAGAAAUUAGUGGUUCCUAAUCAUCAUCCGAUUUGCAUACACAGUUAUUGUGUUCCACCUGAAAAUUAUGUACUUAACAGCAACGUAUUUCUUCUACUUGGAAUUUUUCAUAAAAACGGAAAACGAGAUGUUUACGCUAUUAUAAAGGAUGAAACGACUCUGAAAUUACUUCAUGCACACGGAAGAGACCCCAAGUUUGCGCAAGCAGUUGUUAAUAAAUGGGACAUGAAGUUGUAUGUUGAUAAAAAUCUCAAAAAAAUCGGUGAAGAUUAUAAAAAAUUUGUUGAAAACGCUGCCAGUAUUAAAUCAGAUGAAUUUAUAAAGCAACUAAAACAGGAAUAUUACGACUUAACAGCUUCUCAGAAAGUUUUUUAUUAUGUUAAAAUGUUUAUACCAUUUUACAAUUGCGUAGAAAAUGUGAAAUCUGGCACACCUGGAGAAACCGUAACCAGUUGCAGUUUAGAUAUUUUUACUCUCCUUCCAGUUGCUGGUUUCGCAGCGAAACUUUCAAGUAAAAUAACAACUAGCUUACAGGCUAAUGUUGGAAAAUUAUUUAUGGUGUCGAAUAGUUUUUCCAGAGUUAGCCUCAUUUCCAAAUUGCCAUUAAUUACAUCUUUGAAAGAAAUUACAAAAGUAGCUUUUAGAACAAUUGCAAGUGAAAUUUUAAGUCGUAAAAUCUUAAAAGACUUUGUUGUAGCUUCUCUUCGAACAUUAGAUCCAGGAUUUGAACUUAUGUACAAAUUAUCUACUGGCGGUUACAAAUUAUUCUAUAAACUUCUCAGUCACGUACAUUCAAGAUUCAAAGAAAUUCCUGCACUUGAGAAAUUCUCAUCAUCAAUAAAUUCUGUAUUGUCACAGAAUUCGCAGAAUGCAAAAUUGAUAGCCGAUCAGACAGGAUUAGUACCAAUGACUCUAGCUAAACAUAGACUUUACGACAGCGUUAGAUAUUUUUAUCCCGGUGGUUCGCACUUUUUUGGACCUAUGUGCUUAAAAUCACAUGGAAAAGUUGCCGAAUUGAGAAAAAUAGAAGGAUCUUCACGUCGCAUUCCCGUUAUAUCGGAAAAAUUAGGUAAUCAAAUAUUCUACAAACAAUAUUUUCCAAAAUCAGGUAAAGUAGAUAACUCGAAACUAACAAUGGGUAAAAACGAUGUUCUUCACCGAUUUGAGACUCUAUUAAAGGAUUUGAUAAUCGAUAAUCCUAAUUUUAAAGUGACUCAAAAUUAUCACGUCUAUCAUAAUACAAUAGAAUGGAAUAAAGUACCCAGAGGGGGAAAUAGCCAAGGAAAUAUUCCAGGAGGUAAUGCAGUUGAUGCAAACAUUCCAGCACCUCUAAGAAACGAUCGCGUUCAAGUAACAAAUGUUCAAGAAUUACAAAGAAUAAAUGUCGAGGAUAUUAGAGGAUUUACAAGUGAUAGAAACAUUCACGAAGUCGUACGUGGUGGUCAACUUACUUCUAUAGAAAACAUAAUUGAUCCAAAUAUUCAAAGUACCUCAACUGGUCAGAGAAUUUUCAAUGAAAAAGAAAUACAAGAACUAGACAAUUUAGAUUCAAUUAUUCAUGAAAAUACUCAAACACUAGAAGUGGUGAAAAGUCCAGAAGUUUCUGAAUAUUAUCACAAAAAAUUUGAUUACGUAAUUCCUGAACAUCAUAGAAGACCAUCAGUAAUAAAAGAAGUGCCUCGCAAAGUAGAAUACCCUGAUGAUAUUCCUGGAACAUCGCAACAAACUGCAACGAACCUAAGACCAUCAGUCUACAAGGAUUACCUAACAGAACCAAUAUAUAAAGAUUAUGUGAAUGUUUUACUGGAAUGGAAAAAUAGUGGUUUGUUUCUAAGAACAGAAAAUUUACAAAAAGUCAACGUUUUACGUACUUCUGUAAAUAAAUUGGCCCUAUUUCAAAUCGAUAAAAUACCUAUUCCACAAACGCCAAUCAAAACCUGGUGUCUUCAGAAAAUAAGAGGACAAAACAAUAUUGAUUUCUUGAUAAACUUAAAAGGAAAAGACUUUUUCUUUAAUGAUAUGACAUUACUGUCGAAUGUUCAACCAAAUUUACAUUCACUUAGAACUUGGAAUCCAUAUUCACAAGAAGUAGAAGUACUCUAUCAUUUGAACAUUGAUUCUCAAUAUGGUUUUGUGGACUUGACACGUUUUCAUCAUCAGCUUCAAAAUCAGUAUGUGACAUUUAGUGAUCAGCUAUUUUUGAUAAGAGACACUUCUUUUGCUGAGGAUGGAAAGGUUUUGAACGUUUUCCUAGACACAAAAAGUACGAGUAAAGAAUUAUGGCUACGUACCAGAGAGCAGGAUAUUAUCGAUUUGCGUCUUGAGAAUAUCGUUGUAAAAUAUCCUAGACUGCAAAAUCUUGAGGCAGCUGCCAAUUACAUGGUACAGAAUGCACCAAAGUGUUCUUUUAAAUUAGCGAAAAAUUAUCUAAAAAAUUUCGUACUAAGCACAAAGCCAAGCAGUAAAAGUAUCAUCCCAACUUACAACGUAAUGGCCAAUGAAUUUAAAAAUAUGAAAUACACAUAUGUUUAUGAUAGUUGGAGAGUACAUCAAGACAGGUACAUUUUAGACGUUCUAUAUGAACUUAAUUUACAGAGAGUCAUAGAUUUAAACGAAGCAAUGAGAAGAAUUGUCGACGUACAUGGUAUAUCUUAUCACGGAAAUGUGGCAGCUGCAUAUGACAGUUAUAGAGGUUUAGAAAUGGCUGAAAGGCGUAUUCGAUUCGAAGAUUAUUAUGUCUUACAUUAUCGCAAUCACUUCGAGGGGAAUGUGAAUCAACAUGCAAAGAGGCAAUAUGCAGCUGCUGUUACUAGACUUGCGCUUAGACAAGCUGAAGAGGAAUUUACAAAUACACCAGUUAAACUUUUUGCUUCAGGAGCAAUUUCUAAGGAAAUGAAGGCAUAUAUUAUGAGUCUCUAUAACAAUCAUGGUAGGAUAAGAUUUAAUGAUAUAAAAUAUUUUAAUCGUGCACGAAAAUUAACACCAAUAACCACUUUAAACGAGGAACAAAAAUUAACACAUACAUCGUCAUUCUUGGUAAUUAAAAUAGAAAAUCAAGCAGGUAUUGUGAAUCUCAAUAGUGUUCUAGAAGGAGGAAAGGAUAUUUAUGCAGUGACUAAAAAAUUCCAAUUUUUAAUAACCGAUAUAACCAAUAAACGUUUUAACGGUGAGAAUGUAAUGUUGAUAAAAAUGCGCGAUAUUCCAACUCCAACUGAAAAUAGAAUGGCUCUAAUGGCACAAAAUCUUCAUGAACUAUUUUCUACGGACACUAAAUUUUACUGUUCAUAGAAGUAGAAUAAUGUUAGACUAUUAGAAAAUCUUCUUCCCAGUAAAAAAAGAAGCAAAGUUUGACA